AUGUGGGGUCACUAUCACUUCUUAAGAGAGAAGCUAUCUCGGGAUACGACGCAAGCGUCGAGCAUACUGCGACUUAUUGAUGAAGAAGCCCAGCGGAAGAGGUACUAUGAAGUCCAAAAGAAUCUUAUAAAAUCCGGUGUGGCUCGAGAGGUUCUUAUAUCGGCCUUUCGUCGUCUGACAAGGGUCACCGCCAUUGACAUCAUCUUGACAAGCUGCUCGAUAGGGGGCCAGGAACUUGAAACUAGUUUCGGUGUGCUUAACAACGAGGAGUACAAGUGGGAUCUGAAAAUCACUCUACCCAUCCUCUUCAAGGCCAUGCGGGGUCUAUCAUCGCCACUUCGUAGGUUUCGCUUUCGAUACGAAGAUGGUGAUGAGCUGUAUCCGUCCGUUGACUACUUCGAUAACGACUAUCCAUCCGUUGUGAACGACACAUGUUGGGAGGCUCUCUUGUCUUUCGCCAAAGAAUUCGAUCUUAAUCAACUCGAACGGCUGGAGCUCAAUUGGAGUAACCUUGCAUAUUGUGGCGGCUAUGAUCGUGAAUCGUUGAGAACCUACCGAUCAGCUGCGGUAAGCAUUCUUGGCAAAGCGCCGUAUAUAAAUUCCGUGAGAAUACAAAUGCCAGCGAACGUCGACUUCGGCGCGAACACAUCCCGCAUAUUCACCUAUCUUCUGAGCGAAAUACCAUUCCUGCACCUAGUCAAGCUUGAACUGCUGGAAAUAGGGACGAAUGUUGAGGAGCCUCUGUCAUUAUUGCUUGCUAGACAAUCCUCAAGACUACGGACCGUGUACCUGGACACUUUUGACGAAACAGUGGCGUGGGCGCUUUUCCUCAGGUCGCAAAGGGGGAUCGAUUGGCACGUCUUACAGUCUUUUAUAAUCUACUCUAGAUCAUAUCGCUCUUACUUUGAUGCUACCGCUUACGUGCGAAGAGAGACGAACCACCAUCCGCUAACAGCACUCGAUGAGGCUGAGAGCGAGAACGAUCACGAAUGA